GACUCUAUUUGGAGUUGUGUCCAUUGCAGAUGAAGAAAGUUUUUUUUUUCUGGAUUCUUUUCUACUUGUACUUACACCAGAGGUCGUUGGCAGGCUCCGUCCUCGCAGAGAGCCCGCACCAGGAUGGGUGCUCUCCCGGCGCUAAGGAUAUUAUGGAUUUUGAUCUUUACUGGAAUAACAGGAGUCUGCGGUUCAAACGUCUGCACCUCCAGAGGGGCCAGCACAUGCAAGCAAUGUCUGGCUGUGCACCCCAACUGUGCUUGGUGCUUCCAGGAGGACUUUGGCCAGGGGGUUGCCAGUUCUUCCCGCUGUGAUCUGAAGAAUAACCUGGUGGAGGCGGGCUGUGCCCUGGCAGCUCUGGAGUCUCCGAGCAGCAAACUGCAGGUGAUCGAGGACCGGCCCCUCAGCAACAAGGCAGCGGGGGCCACGCAGGACGUUACUCAGAUCAAGCCCCAGAAACUACACAUCACCCUCAGGCCAGAUGAUGCCAAACGCUUCACAGUGAAGGUGCGUCAGGUAGAGGACUACCCUGUGGAUCUCUACUACCUCAUGGACCUCUCCUACUCCAUGAACGAUGACCUCUUCCGCCUGAGGACAUUGGGCAAAGGCCUGGCCGAGGCCAUGAACCGCACCACCAGCAACCUCCGCAUGGGCUUUGGGGCUUUUGUGGACAAGCCGCUCUCGCCUUACAUGUACAUCUCCCCCAAAGAGGCUGUGAAGAACCCGUGCUACAGCAUUAACACCACCUGCCUGCCCCAGUUUGGCUACAAACACGUUCUGUCUCUGACGGAGGAGGUAGGCCGCUUCACAGAGGAAGUCAAGAAGCAGAUGGUGUCCAGGAACCGAGAUGCCCCGGAGGGAGGCUUUGAUGCCAUCAUCCAGGCUGCUGUGUGCAAGGAGCAGAUCGGUUGGCGCCCCGGUGCAUCCCACCUUCUGAUAUUCACCUCGGAUGCUAAGACUCACGUGGCUCUGGAUGGUCGUCUGGCUGGAAUCGUGCAACCCAACGAUGGGCAGUGCCACCUCAACUCUGACAAUAUGUACAGCAUGUCCACCACCUUGGAUUACCCAUCUCUAGCUCUGAUCACAGAGAAGAUGUCAGAGAACAACAUCAACCUCAUCUUUGCUGUCACCAACCCUGUGGUUGCUCUUUACCAGAACUACAGUGAGCUGAUUCCUGGCACCACAGUAGGAACACUGUCCAAUGACUCGGGCAAUGUUAUUCAGCUCAUACUGAAGGCCUAUGCUAAAAUUCGUUCCAAGGUGGAGCUGGAGCUUCAAGGCGUCCCAGAGGAACUGUCCCUGUCCUUCAACGCCACCUGUCUGAAUGGAGAGCUCAUCCCUGGCCUCAAAUCCUGUUCUGGGCUCAAGAUAGGAGACACGGUUUCUUUCAGUGUGGAGGCCAGAGCUCGUGGUUGCCCCAAACAAAAGAAGAAAACCUUCAUCAUUAAGCCGGUCGGCUUCAAGGAUUCCCUCCCCAACACUGUCACCUUUGAGUGCGACUGCAAAUGCCAGACCAAAGCCCAGCCCGAUAGCCCCAAAUGUAACCACGGCAAUGGCACCUACGAGUGUGGCAUCUGCCUGUGCCACCCAGGUCGCUUAGGGCCACAUUGCGAGUGUGCAGAGGGUGACUAUAACCCCACAGAGCAGGACCGCUGCAGCGGACCCGCAGGCUCUGGAGGACCUCAGUCAGUCAUCUGCAGUGGCCGUGGAGACUGUGUGUGUGGCCAGUGUGUGUGCCACAGCAGUGACUUUGGAAAAGUCUGGGGAAAGCUGUGUGAGUGUGAUGACUUCAACUGCCUGCGCUACAAGGGGGAACUGUGCUCAGGCCAUGGCGUCUGUAACUGCGGCUUCUGCCAGUGUGCACCAGACUGGCAGGGUGAGAACUGUAACUGCUCCAGACGUACUGACACCUGUAUGUCCAACCUGGGCUUGCUGUGCAGCGGGAGGGGCCAGUGUGUGUGCGGGGCCUGUGAGUGCACGCAGCCAGGUGCCUACGGAGCCACAUGUGACAAGUGCCCCACCUGCCCUGAUGCCUGCACUAUGAAAAAGGAGUGUGUGGAGUGUAAGUACUUCAAGAGGGGCAGACUGUUUGAGGACAAUACCUGCUCUCGAAUCUGCAAAGAUGAGAUUGUGCUUGUGGAUGAAUUAGUGCUUCAUGAUACAAAUGCUGUAAACUGCACUUACAAAGAUGAGGAUGACUGCAUUCAGCGUUUCCAGUAUUAUGAGGACGCCAGUGGCAAGUCCAUCUUGUUUGUCGUCAAAGAGCCAGACUGCCCCAAGGGUCCAGACAUUUUGGUGGUGCUUAUGUCAGUGGCAGGAGCCAUCUUGUUCCUUGGCUUGGCGGCUCUGCUUAUCUGGAAACUGCUGGUCACCAUUCAUGACAGACGGGAGUUCGCCAAAUUUGAGGAAGAACGCGCUCGUGCCAAGUGGGACACGGGACACAAUCCUCUCUACAAAGGAGCCACAUCUACCUUCACGAACAUCACAUACAGAGGAAAAGACUGAUGCUACUGAACAAAAAAGAAGGAUGAAAUAAUGGACUUUCACUGUCCUUUGUGAGAAGGCACCGAAUCAUGUGCAGGUCUCUACUGUCACAAGACAAUAAUUAAUAAUUAUUUGUGUUUGUAAAUAUGUAGAAAUGAUUCUGAGGACACAUUUUUAUCAGGGAUUUGUCAUAAACACCCUCUUAUACUACACUGAUAAAUAAAUAAUAUUGUUUUCAUUUUGUGUGAUUGACAAAAAAAGCAGGUUUACCCAAAUCACAAAAAAACAUUCUCUCCUACCCACAACCUCCUGCCAUGUAUAUUAGUUUUUAUUUAUUUGCCCACGCAUUUAGAUAUCUUGGGGGCAACUGUAACAUCUCUUACAAAUAUUUUGGUUAACCCACAGACCUUGCUGUGGACAGUUUCAUUAUUUUUAUACCUUUGGUGGAAAAUAGUAUCAAAAUCUUGACAGCAAGAUCUGUAGAUUACUCUGAAUAUUUGUUUCAGAGGCAGAUAAAACCAAAACUAUCCACAUGGCUGGAUAUCACUGAGGCUAAGUAGGAAAAUAUAUUAAAAAGUGAUGUGGCUAAACUUACCCUUGUGGUCAAUGGGGGAAACAAAAGGGCAGAUAAACGUAAAACAAACUUAAUUUCCUUAUCACAAUGAUGGGAUUUCCUGUUUGUGGUAUUCAGUGGCACUAUGACAAGAUAAACUGUCUAUAAUUAUGUCAAGUGACAUGCUGGAGAUAUGUGGUUUGGAGUAAACUGUUAAUUUACUGAAAACUG